AUGUCGUUGACAGCCGCCCAAGCUCAGAAGAUUCUUGAGUCAUUCGUGAGCAAGUAUGUCGAUGCAAUGAACAGUGGAAAGUAUGAGCUCUUGGAGGACUUCUACCAUGCGAAUGCCGUGAUGAUUGAGAAGGAUAAGAGUUGUCUGUAUGGGAAGAAAGCGAUUACUGAUAGUUUGAAGCAAAUGACUACCGAAUGCGGAAAAACUGUUAUGAGCAUCUCGAAUACGACAUAUGAAGGCGUCGGGGACUUCAUCAAUGUCUACACCGAAUUCGAGUUCGACACUGAAAAGGCGGGUGUGUUGAAGGGAAGAUACUUGCAAAUCUGGCGCAAGGAUGGCAAUGGAUACACCAUCUAUCAUGAUGAAUACGAAAUGAUUUAA